AUGGCCACAGAAGACCCAACGAUCGUAUCCUUCACAGUCAGGGACCUGAGAUGGCCGACCUCUCUCAAGAACAUUGGCUCAGAUCCAAUGAAUCUAGCAGGCGAAAAUGCUCUCGCUUACCUUCAGUAUCACACGGACACUGAGCUCUCAGGGACUGGUUGGUCUUUCAGCAACGGACAAGGCAACGACGUGCUGUGCACAGCAAUAAGGAGCCUGGCGCCACGUCUGGUUGGUCGAAAGCUUUCCAGCUUAACGUCGAACAUGGGGGAGACCCAACGGCAAAUGGUUUCUGGUCAGAUCCGUUUCAUGUCACCCGAGCGCGGAGUCCUCCAACUUGCGACAUGUGCUGUUUUGAAUGCAAUCUGGGAUCUCUGGGCGAAAAAGGAGAGAAAGCCUCUAUGGAGAUUGGUCUGUGACUUUUCGCCCGAAGAAUUUGUCCGUUGCAUCGACUUCAGAUAUCUUACCGACGUGGUGACCCCCGACGAGGGCAUCGAGAUGUUGAAGCGCCUAGAAGGAUCCAAGUCUGAACGGCUGAGAGCAGCUUUAGAAAACCAAGCAGUCCCCGCAUAUAACACCUCUGCAGGUUGGUUGGGCCACUCAGACGAUGAAAUUCGAGAGCUUCUUCAGUCGGCAAUGUUACAAGGUUUCAAGCAUUUCAAGCUCAAGGCAGGACUUGGUUUGCAGUCGGAUCGUAAGCGACUUAGCUUUGUACGUGAGGUUGCCGGGGACAGUGCAGUCCUGAUGGUCGACGUCAAUCAACUGUGGGACGUUGACGAAGCCAUUGAUUAUAUGAAGAACCUAGCAGACCUCAAUAUUUGGUUCGUCGAGGAACCAACGUCCCCAGACGACAUUUUAGGCCAUUCGCGAAUACGGAAAGCCCUUAAGCCUUAUGGAAUUGGCGUCGCUACUGGAGAGCAUGUCAAUAAUCGCGUCAUGUUCAAACAACUGCUGCAGGCAGAAGCAUUAGACGCUGUUCAACUGGAUGCUGUCCGGCUCUGCAGCGUCAACGAGAUUCUCAGCGUUCUUCUGCUGAGUGCCAAAUUCGGAAUUCCUGUGGUGCCUCACUCAGGCGGUGCUGGAAUGGUGGAGCUGUGUUCGCACAUCAGCACGAUUGAUUUUGUUGCCGUCUCUGGCAAAAAGAGUAUUCUUGAGUACACGGAUCAUCUCCACGAGGCGUUUGCAGCACCCGCACAAAUCACCCAAGACGGAUAUCAUGUCACUCCCACUGUUCCCGGAUAUUCCUGUGAUGUAAAUGAGCAGGAGUUUGAGGUAUAUGAAUGUCCAGCGGGCAGCUUCUGGCAAUCUGAGCAAGGGAGGACAAUGCUUGCGGAUCCAUGGCGUGGGGUACCCAAUCAACAAAGAUCAUGA